CAUACAUGUUCCUGCAUAUUUUAAACACUCUUCGAAUGUUUUAUCGAAAAAUUAAAAACAUUCUUAAUUAGGAUGAAAAUUACUACGACAGAUCACACUAUACGGUACUAUAACGUGGAUAAUUACUACAUAGUAUUGUAUUAUUGAGCUUGUAUAAGUAUUUGUGACAAUAAUACCAAAGAGUUUUAGAUAUUUUAUUGGUUUUUCUAAGGAAAUACAGAUAGAUAAACCUGUCGAACCGGUUGAUUUAGCACAAUAAGCGGUCAUGAAACGUCUUCUACAUCAAAGUUCGUAAAUUUCCAUGAAACGUCUUUGAGCACCGAGGAAGAAAGUUUAAAAUUCCUAAAGAAACACACAAAUUAAAAAAGGCAAAACCUAAACCCCAUAUUUAUUUGUCUUUUUUUCUUUAUCAGAGAAUUUUAAAAAGGUAAAAAUAGAUUAUAUUCUAUUCCUUCAGAAAAUUUUUAUCGUCCUAAAAUCUUCGUAGCCUGCAACAAAGAAAGACUAAGAAAGAACUAAAAUAUUUUGCUUCGUCUAAUUACUUUUUUCCUUUGGAUUUAAUUCUCAGCCAUCGCCGCCGUUUUCGGCGGUGUAAAAAAUGAAGAACCGUAGGAAACGCGGUGGUUUAAGCAGUGUCGACGUCGUUGUUUCAUGGAGAAGAUUUUUCCGAUUUGUUUCUUUGUUCGUCUUCUCCUUCGUUCUCUUCUCUGCUUUCUUCAUCUUCUUAGGCAAAAUUCGACCGGUGGUGCGGUCUUCGGUCAACGCAGUUCUUCGUGGUUCUGUACCGGUGGUUAAGGUGAUCACGAUCCAUGAAGCAGUUGAGUUUCCCGACCAAACAUUGAUUUUCCUAAAAUACCCUCCAUCUUCUCGGUUUUUUACGAAAGAGGACCUCUUUUGCGUUUUCUCCGACGUAAACGAUUCGUCUAAACUUUUUAAAGAGCUUCCUUUCGCGGUGGAAACCGACGACUAUGGCCGUCAGAUCGUACGGUGUUCCGCCGUGCCUCGUGGCAAUACUGUAUCCCUCGCCGUUUCGAGAUGGAGGGUUGAUGAUUAUAAUCUCCAAGUAGGGCUCACACACCGAUGGGAUUGGCUGGUGUACGACGCCGUGAUCGACGACGACAAUUCCACGGUGGUUUUUGUCAAGGGGCUUAAUCUACGGCCAGGAAAGGUUGCUGACGCGUCGAGAUAUGAGUGUGUAUACGGUUGGGAUUUCACAAAGCCCAAACUUUUGCUUAGAGCACAAGCUAUCUCUGCGGCCCAAGAGAUCGUACGUUGUAAAACGCCACUGACAGUAUUAGACGGCCCAAGAAGGGCCCAAUCUCAACCGGUGAAAGUUUCUGUGAGGAUCAAAGGAAGUGGGAUGCUUCCUUCUGUAGCUCAUCCAAUUAAACGUCCGGGUCGGAUCAAAGUCUCGAAAACGUUUGAAACGUGUGUUUGCACCAUGACGCGAAACGCAGCAAACGUUUUACGAGAAUGGGUGAUGUAUCACGCCGGAAUCGGCGUUCAACGGUGGUUCAUCUACGACAACAACAGCGACGACGACAUUGUUUCCGAGAUCAAGAAUCUAGAAAAUCGCGGUUACAACAUCUCGAGACAUUUUUGGCCGUGGAUCAAAACUCAGGAAGCAGGAUUCGCAAAUUGCGCGAUUCGAGCAAAGAGCGAUUGCGAUUGGGUCGCGUUUAUCGACGUCGACGAGUUCUUCUACAUCCCCUCUGGUCAAACUCUAACCAACGUAAUCAGAAAUCACACGACAACACCAUCAUCGUCCGGCGAGAUCGGUGAAAUUCGAACGCCGUGUCACAGUUUUGGACCGUCGGGACUUAGAGAUCCACCGCGCAGCGGAGUCACAGCGGCGUACACAUGUCGUAUGGCGUUACCGGAGAGACAUAAAAGCAUAAUUAGACCGGAAUCGCUAAACGCAACGCUAAUAAACGUCGUUCAUCAUUUUCACUUAAAAGAAGAAUUCGCGUUUGUUGACGUGGAUAAGAGUACGAUGGUAAUUAACCAUUAUAAAUAUCAGGUUUGGGAUAUUUUUAAGGAGAAGUUUAAAAGGAGAGUAGCGACUUAUGUGGCGGAUUGGCAAAACGAAGAGAAUGUCGGGUCGAAAGAUCGGGCACCUGGUUUAGGGACCCGACCCGUUGAACCAACUGAUUGGGCUGAGAGAUUCUGUGAGGUGAGCGAUAUUGGGCUUAGGGAUUGGGUGUUGGAGAAAUUCAGUGACCGUAAAACGCAGCGUUUAGUAUGGGAGAGAGAAGCAAGGAGAGUGGAAGAUGAAGUUAUAGUUCAAAUGGGCUCGUGGGCCGAUAAAAGAGUUGGUCGGAAGAGGAAAAAGCAAUUAAAAGCCCAAUAGGUUUUGUUUUUGUUUUCUUAAUUUCCACGGUGAAAAAAUAACGUAGAGAUAGGGACAUAUUUGUAAAUAUUGAUUGCUUCCCGGGGAAAAAAAAAAUGUUAUACUCUUUACUUAAUAAGUUAAUAAAAAACGUCAGUUUAGACU